AUGACUCGAACAAUGGAGUGGGCUGCAAGAGGGAACCACAUGAGAGGACUACCAAGAAAGAUGGUGAUUAUGGCUGUUGGGGCAUUUGCAAAGGCAGUUGGCAAUCUUUUUAACACCACUACAGUCCAUAAUGCUGAUACACUGAUCAAUCUUGUUCGAUCUAGACCCCCUGGGGUACCCCUUAUCACUGUUAGCAAUCACAUGUCCACGUUGGAUGAUCCAGUGAUUUGGGGGUUCAAAAGGUUUCCUAUAUUUGAUCCAAAUUUGGCUAGAUGGGCACUUGCAGCUGAAGACAUUUGUUUCAAGAAUCCAUUGCUGUCUUAUUUUUUCCGUGUUGGGAAAUGUAUACCUAUUACAAGGGGUGGUGGAAUCUAUCAAGAGCACAUGAAUGAAGCUCUUGAGCGGUUGAGUGGUGGAGAAUGGCUACAUACAUUUCCUGAAGGAAAAGUGUCUCAAGAAGAUGUCCCUAUUAGACGACUGAAAUGGGGAACUGCUAGUCUCAUUGUUCGUUCCCCUAUAACUCCAAUAGUCCUGCCCAUUGUUCAUCGUGGUUUUGAGGAGGUGAUGCCUGAGAAUUUUUGGUUUGGAAGAAGGCCUCCUUUUCCAUUGUGUAAUAAGAGAAUCAACAUAGUUAUUGGUGAGCCUAUGAAAUUUGACUUUCCUAAAAUGAGACAAAUGGCAAUUUCAAUGUCUUGUAACUUGCCAAAUAAUAGCAAAGGAUGGCCCAGCCUUUCCCCAUAUGGAUUGGAUGAAGCAGCGCAGAGAUGUCUCUACAUGAUUAUUUCAGAUCAGAUUCAUACUGCCAUGGAGAGCUUAAGGAGUUUAAGUAAAAAGUUCUAUGAAGCAAAAUCUCUAAAAUCUGGGGACCUUGAAGAGGAGAGAACCUCUUAG